AUGGGUAGAAUUGAACAGCCGGAUUUGACAUGGUGGAACGUGGGAGAGGCAUCGACAGCUGUACUCAUUGCAGCCAUUGUCAGUUUAUGCCUGGGAACCAAAUUGGAAUUAUCGUUGAUUAUCAGUGGCAUGCGAUGUGUGGUGCAAUUGUCCUUGAUGGGCUUCAUCUUGGAUGAUGUUUUAAAAACACAACAUAUGAGUGUGGUGAUGGCCAUGUCAGUGGUUUUUGUUUUACUGGGUUCCUAUGAAACUGUAUUUAACCGAACAAAAAAAACAUUCAAGGGCAUGUUUCCUGUCAUGUUUGGCAUCUUGUUGAUUAGUAAUCUCUUCAUCACGUAUAUCGGUACCGCAUUUGUCUUGAAAGCAGAUCCAUUUUGGGAUCCACCUACAUUUGUACCUGUCAUUGGCAUGUUGCUAGGCAACUCAAUGAGUAGUGUUGCUAUGGCAACGGAACGCUGUUUGGAUCAAUUUAGCACACACGCGCCCAUGCUGGAGACAAGACUAUCUUUUGGUGCUUCAAGAUAUGAAGCUUCAUUACCGCUGGCGGUGGAAGCUAUCCGACUUGCAUUACUCCCGGUUAUUACCCAGUUAAGUGUUAUGGGCAUGAUCAAUAUUCCUGGUAUGAUGACUGGUCAAAUCAUGGCAGGAACGCCAAUGAUGGAGGCCGUCAUUUAUCAACAAUGUAUCAUGUUUAUGAUUGCGGCAAGUAGUGGUUUUGGUGUAGUCAUGUCAGUUGCUGCUUGUAUGAGUAUACUGAUCGACAAGGAUCAAAAUAUGAGACAUGAUCGAAUCUUGAGCAACAAAUCUUUCCAUCAAUAUUUCCCUUUCAAGCGCCUCCGCCAUGCAUUCUUAUGUAAUUGCAAAAUUGUCAGUUGCUGUUGCAGUAAGACAAGAAAACCACGUAAAUCGAUAUCAGAUGAAGCAUAG